AUGUUUUCCGCAAAACCUUCAACCGGCCUGUCCAUAAACACCAAUUCCGCCAAUUCACUUUUUGGCGGAUCUAAUGCUCAAACUACAUCGUCUACAGCUGCACCAGGGACAACGAGCACGUCGGGUGGUUUGUUUGGAAACUUGGGAGGCGCCAAUGCGCAGUCAAAGCCAGCUGGCGGCCUUUUUGGAAACCUUGGGGGCGGGAACACGCAACAAUCUUCAACUACUGGAUCAAGUCUGUUCUCCGGCUUAGGUGGGCAACAGCAAAAUCCUACUAAUACCACUGCUGCUGGCGGCGGCCUGUUUGGAGGCUCUACACCGUCCAGCUCGCAACCUGCAACUGGUGGGCUCUUUUCGGGGACUGCAGGUGCAGGCACUACCACAGCCCAAGGUGGAGGUACUGGUGGAGGGUUGUUUGGGUCCACGACACAGACUCAGUCAAAACCGCUAUUUGGCGGUCUGGGGUCUUCUACAACAACUGGGGGUGGCCUCUUUGGUGGCGGCAACCAGGCCAACACACAACAGCAGCAACAAGCACAGAAGCCCACGCUAUCUCUCUUUGGGAACCAAAAUGCCGCGCCCCAACUGUCGGCACAGCAAACAGCCACAACCGGAACAGUGGUACCCGGGGUCAAGGUAGAUCUCAGUAAUCUCUUACCGACGACAAAGUACGAGAGUUGCGCCGAUGAAAUCAGAUCGGAGUUGGAGAAAUUCGACAAUUAUGUCCUCCUUCAAAUCAAGCUGUGUAACGAGGUCUCGAACAUGCUUCCUACAAUCGCGGGCCAGGCCGAGACGAUUCCAAAUGAUGUGGAUUUCGUUCAAGGCAAACUGGAAACCAUUGAGCAUGCGCUGGAGAACGACGCUCGCGAUAUUGAUCAACUACGCAGCCUGGUGUCUCGCGAUGCAGCCGAGGCACAAGUGGCGUUCCGUGCCAUCGAUACAUUAAAAUUACCCCUGCAAUAUCAAUCUGCAGGAGGCGCAGGGUGGUGGUCAGCCCAGGAUCAAAAGGGGUCCGAUCGCCAGGCGUUGCGAUCCACGCGCAAGAAUACUCUCGCUCUUCCGGAUGAUGUCGAGACUGACCCGUCGUCUGCCACUUCCAUCAGUGGUGUGCCAGUAAACCUUGUCGACUAUUUCUCUCAGCGCUCUGAUGAGAUGGGUACGGUUCUCGAGCGAUAUACUGGCAAUUUGAAGGAGAUCGAAGACCACCUCCAUGGUAUCGAGCUUUCACUUAACCGCCAGAUUCAAGAAUUUGUGGCUUCACGAAGUCGAGAUGGGGCGGCCACUGGUACCCAGAAAUCGAAGCUCAAUGACCUUGCAGCAGUGCUUGGAGAGGUGGAGAACGGUAUACUUGGCGUUGCCAGUAGGCUCGGUACCGUCACCGAACAAGUGCAGGAAGUGGUAUUGGGUCCGCCGUCGGGAGAUGCCUACGAUAUACCACAAGCACAAGAUAAACUGAAAAAGUACACAAUGGCACCAUUGCUGGAGGAACCAGCCACUGCUCCUUUCCUUGGUCACUUUACUGUUCCCAAGAAAGAGACUGCUGAGCACAACAAAUUUUGGUACGAGCCAGGGCGCACAACAGUCAAGAGACACGACGAUUACCCUUAUGAAGAUCUUCUGCCCUCCUUUCCAAAUGUUCAGUGGGAAGCUAUAGGGGAGGUUCCAUACGAAGAUAAAGGGCUUCGCGGAGACCCAAAGUUCCGUCACUUGCUCCAAGAUGCAACUGACGUCUUUGACUACACACCGAGAAUCGGAACGGAGAUACAUGGGGUCAAUCUUGCCAGACUCAAUGAUGCCCAAAGGGAUGACCUUGCCCGCCUGAUCGCCGUCCGUGGCGUGGUAUUUUUCCGCAAUCAGAAGGAUUUUGAUAUUGAAGCUCAACGGGAGUUGGGGAAAUAUUUCGGGACGUUGCAUAAACAUGCCACUACUGCUGUACCUAGGAAGAAGGGAUUGGAAGACGUGCAUGUCGUUUAUACUGGGGACAACUCCUCCGACCAACGAGCACUGUUUUCCCCGAGCUUCCUGUGGCAUUCCGACGUAACAUACGAGGUUCAACCACCAUCAUACACAUUAUUGAAGGUCUUGACGGGCCCUCCCCGAGGAGGCGGUGGUGACACUCUCUGGUCGUCUCAAUACGCGGCAUACGACGCACUCUCAUCGCACAUGCAGAACUACCUGAAGGGCUUGACUGCUCUCCAUACAGCCAACAUGCAGGCAUCAGACUCGCGAGCUCUUGGUCGAACUGUUCGUCGUGAGCCUAUCACCACAGAGCACCCUUUGAUUCGCACAAAUCCGGUMACCGGUUGGAACAGUCUCUUCUUCAAUCCUGGCUUUGUAACCAAGAUUGUGGGAAUUCCCAAAACAGAGAGUGACGCCAUUAUAAGGUACCUCACCGAGGUUGUUGCCACCACGCAGGAGGCGCACGCUCGUUUCCAAUGGGGUGAGGACGAUGUGGCUUUGUGGGACAAUCGAACAACGAAUCAUUCCGCUUCUUACGGCUUUGCUCCUCACCGUCGUCAUGCUGUCCGGGUUGCCUGCCACGCUGAACGCCCCUACUUCGACCCCGACGGCAAAUCCCAGGAGGAGGAGUAUAUUGCUUACUAUAACCUACCGCCCGUGAACAAGGAUGGCUCGCGUCAAUCCAACUACAACGAUUAA